AUGGAUGUCCAAAGCGACUUACUGAUGAUUACUAGCACUGAUGAAUCUCCCGCCAAUGGUCAGGUGGGCAGUUACACCGAAACCAAGAUCAAGCGCUCUGAUUUUCCCGAAGAUUUUGCAUUUGGUGCUGCAACUUCAGCUUAUCAGAUUGAAGGUGGAUGGAAUGCAGGAAGAAAAGGCAUGAGUAAUUGGGAUGUUUUCACACAGAAACAACCUGGUGGUAUUUCUGACGGUAGCAAUGGCUGUGUUGCUAUUGAUCACUAUAAUAUGUUUCGGGAAGAUGUGGCUUUGAUGAAGAGAUUGGGUUUGAAUUCAUACAGAUUUUCAAUUUCAUGGCCUAGAAUCUUGCCAGGGGGAAGUCUAUGUACUGGCGUUUCCAAAGAAGGAAUUCAAUUCUAUAAUGAUCUCAUUGACGCACUACUGGCAGCAGGCAUUGAGCCAUAUGCAACUAUCUUUCACUGGGAUGUUCCCCAAUGUUUGGAAGAAGAGUAUGGUGGUUUCCUAAGCAAGAAAAUUGUGAAGGAUUUUUGUGAAUUUGCUGAGAUUUGCUUCUGGGAGUUCGGAGAUCGAGUGAAACAUUGGAUCACACUGAAUGAACCAUGGUCGUUUAGUGUUUCUGGAUAUGCGAUUGGAACUUUCCCCCCUAAUCGUGAAGAUCAAGAUGCUGCCACUAGAGGAAAUGAUUUUAUGCUUGGAUGGUUUGUAGAACCGAUAGUAACUGGAGACUAUCCAGAAAGUAUGAUAACAAAUGUUGGUGACCGUCUUCCAAAAUUUACAGAAAAAGAGGAGAAGCUAGUGAAAGGAUCAUAUGACUUUUUAGGCAUAAACUAUUAUACGGCCAAUUAUGCUGCUAAUGAAACAACAAAGCCAACAACUGAUAGUUAUCUCACCGAUUCGCAUGUUCAGCCAUCAUAUGAACGAAAUAAGGUACCCAUUGGUGCAAAGGCUGGUUCAGAUUGGUUGUAUAUAGUUCCAUGGGGAAUUCAAAAGCUCAUGCUUGACAUGAAGAAAAGAUACAAUGAUCCGAUCAUUUAUAUUACAGAGAAUGGGGUGGACGAAGUGAAUGAUAAGUCCCUAGCUUCUACACGGGCUCUCUCUGAUGAGAUGAGGAUUCACUAUCACCAAGAACAUCUCUACAACCUUAAGCAAGCAAUGAAUCAAGGUGUAAAUGUGAAGGGUUAUUUCAUAUGGUCUUUGUUUGACAAUUUUGAAUGGGCUGCGGGAUAUAGUGUCAGAUUUGGCAUUAUUUACAUAAACUUUGAAGAUGGCCGUUUUACAAGGUUGCCAAAAAGCUCAGCUGUAUGGUGGAGGAAUUUCCUCAGCAAGAAGGCUGUAAUUCCAUCGCAGAAAGAAGUUGAGAAAUCUGAAGAACGUCGUAAAAGGCUAAGAAGCGGCUAA